ACGAAUCACUCGCGAACGACACAUCACUACAAGCAACUUAAUGUCCAGUUAGUUUAACCUGAGGGGAUACCAAACCAACAUAGAUAGAAAAGAGAGAACAUGUUAACUACUGGAAACCAAAAGAUGCCACGAUGGGAGAGAAUACUGCGCGUGCUUCUGUGCGUUAUUGGUCUGGUUCUGUCUGUGUACGCGCUUCACGUUGAAAUUUCUCGGGAAAGGAACCCAGAAUACACAGCGAUGUGUGACAUUGGGGAAUCUGUGAGCUGCUCCAAAGUCUUCACUUCCAGAUGGGGACGUGGUUUUGGUUUGGUCCAGUUUUUUGUGGCUAAUGAUAACCCUCUGAACCAACCCAACAGUGUACUUGGGAUCAUUUUCUACACUGUGCAGAUGUGCCUCGGCCUGUCAUGUUCUAAGAAGGCAGCACUGUUUUUGGUCUUCUCCUCCUGGGUGUCAGUGGCUGGCUCCAUCUACCUUGCCUCUAUUCUUGCCUUUGUUCUUGGGGAUUUCUGCAUUGUCUGCGUAUCAACAUAUAUUAUCAACUUAGCACUGUUAUUUACCAACCUUAAGCGAAGAACCUUAAUUGAGGGAAUUAAAGAGAAGACCAGAUAGAAUAGCCUUUCUCCUACAGAACACACAACGGUUUUUACCCAAAAUAAAUUAUGCCUAAGCAAAAAACAUUCUACUAUUCUAGUUCUUGAAUCUUCUGUUAAUCAGUGCCUCAAUUGGCCUUAUAAACUAAAAUUUCAUUCUUAAAUGAAAAAUGAAGCUUUCAUCUCUGACCUCUCGGGAGAUUUGGCAUUUUAGUGUUUGUGGAGAAGUCACACCUUGGUUACACCCCAUGUUGAGAUUUAAGCCAAAUAUGGAGUUGUAAUUGUGUUUUGAGAUUCCUGUCCUUUAUCACUAUGAUAGUGCUGUGUUGUUUUAUCACUCAUUUGAAUAAUAAUAAAACACACCAGAGACAAUCUUUAUGUUUUUUACUCUCAGAUUCCUUAUCCCUUAUUGUACAAGAUAUUUGCAGAUGAUUUUGGUAUAGAUAGUAAAAAACAUGUUUAUAUUAUAUUUAGUUCAGCAAAUAUUUAAAUUCAUGUUACACUUAAUAAUCAGACAUCAUUCAAGAUAUGUUUAUUGUAGUCUGGCCAAAUAUAGACUAGUAUAUUUGAUAAUGGAUCCUUACGGGGCAGUGGUGGCUUAGUGGUUAAGGAUGCGGACUUGGGUCUGGAAGGUUUCAGGUUCGAGCCAAGUUACCACUGAGGUGUUCUGAGCAUCACUUUGGUGAUGGGUUAAAUGCAGAGGUCAAAUUUCGCAGAGGCACCAUAUGAGCUGAUAAAAUAUAACAGGAGCUUAUGUAACACAUCUUCACCAGUCAGGAUGUUUGAUUUCCGGCACAUUUCCAAAAAAAAAAAAAAAAA